GGAGGGGCGGGGACCAGGCGGCGCCCUCCGGGUAUAAAAGCGACGACGAAUAUGACGGCCCUUCUUUCACAAGAUGGCCGAAUGCAUGGAGGUGUCUUCACUCCCUAGUGGUCCGGAUGGCAGUGCAGCAAACAAGGCUGGUGCAGAGGACAUGACCUCCAAGGAUUAUUACUUUGACUCCUAUGCGCACUUUGGAAUUCAUGAGGAGAUGUUGAAGGAUGAGGUUCGCACUUUGACCUACAGAAACUCCAUGUACCAUAACAAACACCUCUUCAAGGACAAGAUUGUUCUGGAUGUCGGGAGCGGAACGGGCAUCCUUUGUAUGUUUGCAGCCAAGGCUGGUGCCAAGAAAGUUAUUGGGAUCGAGUGCUCCAAUAUCUCAGAAUAUGCUGAAAAGAUCAUUAAAGCAAACAACCUCGACCAUGUUAUCACUAUCAUCAAGGGUAAGGUAGAGGAGGUGGAGCUGCCCAUGGAGAAGGUGGACAUAAUCAUCAGUGAGUGGAUGGGCUACUGUCUCUUUUACGAAUCGAUGCUGAAUACCGUCAUCUACGCAAGGGACAAGUGGCUGCAACCAGACGGCCUGAUUUUCCCAGACCGAGCUGCUCUGUAUGUCACAGCCAUUGAAGACAGACAGUACAAGGACUAUAAAAUUCACUGGUGGGAGAAUGUCUACGGUUUCGAUAUGUCCUGUAUUAAGGAUGUGGCCAUCAAAGAACCACUGGUCGACGUAGUGGAUCCCAAGCAGCUGGUGACCAAUGCCUGCCUCAUUAAGGAGGUGGACAUCUACACAGUGAAAGUAGAAGACCUGUCAUUCACGUCGCCUUUCUGCCUACAAGUCACUCGCAACGACUACAUCCAUGCGCUGGUAGCGUACUUCAACAUUGAGUUCACCCGAUGCCACAAAAGGACGGGAUUUUCCACAGCCCCUGAUGCCCCUUACACUCACUGGAAGCAGACCGUUUUCUACAUGGAGGACUACCUGACAGUCAAGCGAGGCGAGGAAAUCUUCGGAACUGUCAGCAUGAAGCCCAACACAAAGAACACUCGGGACCUCGAUUUCACUGUCGACAUUGAAUUCAAGGGGCAACUGUGCGAAAUGUCCGGCUCCAUCGACUAUAAGAUGCGCUAGACUCACCUCCGUCCCCCUCCUCCAGCUGUGCGCACCGUCCUCACCGCUCCAUUCAGUCUCCAGCACGACCACUGUAGUGUGCUAUAUAUAGAUGACGUUGUUUUCAGGAUAAAAAAGUUAAUUGGUUGUGCGACUGACUGCUCCUCUCCCUGAUCAGUUGAAGUCCAUUAGCAUGGCAUAUGAGCUGGGAGGAGGGGGAAAGACAUCUAGAGUAAUUCUCCUUGUAACAGUUGCCACUUGUGCUAUUAUGGAACCAUUCUUAAAGCUGCUGUACUGAUUGUGUUUUUUGUUCUGACAGAAGCAGGGGCAUUUUAAUGUAAAUCCCUGAUUCCAACCUAUACCUACCUUGGCAGGGAGGAGUUCAGAUCUGAUCAAGUUUGUUUUCAUUUUGAUUUUUUUUAAAAAAAGAAUGGUACUUUAGAUUUCUGCUAGUUCCAUAGUUUGGUAAAUCAUCCUUCAGUCAGCAAAGCGAUUCUAACCUAACUUUAAGUGCAUCUUACUUCUGUGUUUUUUAAUUUAUUUUUGGGACCCUGUUCCUGACUGGAGAAUUCUUUGUCUCAAGAGUGGAGUGCAUCUCUGUGUGGUAGUGUGUUAAAACUGCUGUUACUAUAUAAACCGUCACACUGGAGAGUGGGGUGCCUGAGUCGUGUUUAGGCUGACACUACAGCUGCUGGUGGUCAAUCUGCUACACACAGGUCUAAGUGCUGAAUUGUGGCUUCUGUUAACAUCUUUGUAAAAUUCUACUCACUGCAAGGAUGUCACACUUUGGGUUGUCAUGUCCUUGGCAUUUGAGGCUGGAUGCUUGCUGCUCUGAAUUGCUGGGCCUCACCACAAUUGAUUCUCCUUGUCUCCUUUUGAUUUGCCUUUUUUUGUCCUGGGGUUAAUUUUUCUACAGCGAUUUAUUAAAUACAAUAAAUUGACAGCAUUUUGAAAUCUGUCUCCCGUAUUCACUUGCAAAGAACUCCAGGUUCCAUGUUAACUUUUUGUUUCUCGAGCAAUUGCCAAGUAAUGUUUAGUGGGAAAUAACUCAGUGGCUUGAGUUUGCUGCUUCACCUCUAUGUAGCUGCUGCUCAUUUAUCCUCUGCACAAGGCUCUAUGUAAAUGCUUCCAUUGUGCAUGUAGAGUCUCCAGGUCUGAACACCUGUGUCCAAGGUUUGUGAUGGCCUGCUUGUCUUGCACACUGCAAGAGUACAUGUUACUGUGAAACUUGGCAGAGCCAAGUCAUCAAAGCUCUGUAACCUUGCUGGCCCUCUUGAACAACUAUCUUGCUAAGACACCUGGUAAUUGGGAAUGCAUUGUGUUCAAUGUGGCAAGAAAUUGGGGGAAGUUGUUCUGAAACUUAGGGAAUUUUGAAACUGUUCUGAGUAGAGAGACUGUAUGUAAACAUCACCAAUAGUGGUACCCAUUGUGCCUGGUAUGCAAUUUCCACUAUCUGAAUUUGUUCUUAAAAAUUUGAAUAGAAGUGGCUGUUUUCUCCCAAAUAAAAAAGUCAUUGAGGGCUGUAACUGUUAUCUUCUCGGUCUAUCCCUCCCCUCAACCCAACAAGUAAUGCUUGCACCAGAUGGGAAGUUGAAUGGAGAUUUGUAAAUUUGCAGGCUGGCAUGGCUCCGGUUAUAAGUUAUAGCCCUGGUGCAAUGGGAAUCAUCGCUUCAUAAACACUAACUUAAAUGGUUAUUGUUUGAGCAGAAUCUGACCACCUUAGCAAGGCACCAUUCAGGCUGAGAAAGGGGCUUUAACCUGUAGGUCCGGUGGUGCAUGUGACGGUUUUUUGGCUGAAAACACUAAUGUUUUAUUUCACUCCCCCUGAUUGACUUGUCCUGUAAGUUUGGACCCACCUUUUUAAUAACGGAUGUCAUUUAUAAUGCUAGAGUGUCAAUUGUCUGGCUAUGCACUUAACACACGUCUGAGUGUGUGCAUUACCUUCCUGGUGGGGUGGUUUGAGUGCCAGGGAGGGAGUGUUGACAGGCUGACGAGCGUCACUGAUGACUGAAUUCUGUUUUGCUGACCUGAUCUUUUUUCUCUUUCUAUCCCUUCCAGCCUCGGCAAGUGCUGUAGCUAAUUGAAACACCCAUCCCUCAAUACCUUCAUUGAGUUCCACAUAAAUGUGGUUCAGUAUUUGCACCAGUUGGUGCUUGGACCCACUUAACUAAGCCAAUUCCAAAAUGAUCUUCUGUCACCUAAUGUGCAAAUCUAUUUGUGGCACCAUGAUAUAUUACUGCAGUGUGGAGCUACCCAUGACCUAUGUGUACAGCUAUGGGGAGGAAUGGUAGUUAGUUGGAUUGGAGUGGCUUACAUUCUUUAAAUGCUCAUCCACCCCGUUGGGCUUGCUGAUCAAGUCUGAAAAUGAAACUAUAAACAAGACUCUCCUUGGAAUGUGGAGUGCUGCCUCACUAGCAGCUUUUUUUUUGAUGUGUGGAGAUGGUGUUUCAGUUGUGUACAAUAUAAAAUCCAGGCGCUGUGACCAAGCUUUGAUUUGACUGAACAGCAUUUCUUGUUUGGCAGAAUGUUUUAACUUUUCCUAUGUGUGCUUUUCCUCAAAUUUUUAAGUUGCACCUCUCCUCCUAACUGAACCUUUAAUCGGGAAUAUGUUGGCCUGCAGCUAUUGUUGCUGCCAUUUGCUUACUGGGUGCAAUUUCUUCUGUUACUGAGCCAAGACCAGCGAGGCUUGGUGGUUGUUGCUAUUCUGUGACCAGGAUCAGUCUAUUACCUGACUGCUGACAGCAGAGUCAUUGUAUCUUGAUACCCACAAGCAUUUUGAGUCCAGCCUGGGAUCUGAACAGGGUGCUGUGCUGAUGUGCUCAAGAUUUUGUUUAGGGGUAGGAGGAGAAAGCUCCACUUUGUUUUUUUUUCCACAUUCCUUUUAUUUUUAAAGGGACAGUUAUAUUUCUGAAGCUUUGUUACAGCCCUGACUUAUACCUAAAAUUGAUCUUUUUAAAAGAAUAUUAGUGUAUGUUGAAACUGCCAUGUUGGUCUUCUAAACCCCUAAGUACUGACUGGUGAACAUUGUGACUGUGUAGUAAAUUAUGCUUUUGUUUUUUUAUAUAUGGUGACAUUCAUUGAGAAUAAAAGUUUGACUUUA